GAGAGACCACCAUUGUCAAGACUAACACAGGCCAUCAAGCCUCCCGUUCUUUCCAAACUGAAAUUGAAAUGUUGAAUUGAAAUGUUAGACAAAUGAUAUAAGAAUACGGAUUACUAAAUAAAAGUACAACAACAUACCACACAAUCAGGAAAAUUUUUUAAAAAAUGUCGCUUUCACGAAAUUAAAGACUUUGGCUUUUUGUGUUGUUUGAAUCCUACACUGUGGGUUGUACUUUCAGGACGUAUUGUUAACUAAUAUGGCGCUACCUAUAAAUCAAGAAGAAUAUGGUAAUUGAGUUAAGUGGGAUGUUUGAUGCUGUAAGUUUACGUUAAAGAUAUGGAAAACGUGUCAAACAACUCGGGUUAUUCUGGUUCACAACAACCUCGUUCAUCAUCUUCAUCAUCAUCUUAUCUGUUAUCAUCAACGACGUCAUCAACCUCAACGUUCAUUACACCCAACACGCAUGAUUCUUCACCUUCGAUAGCUGAUCAAACUAAUGCAACUGGUAUUACCUCCACUUCUGUUACUACAACCAUUACUACUACUACGUCGAACACAUCUACGUCUGGGAAAUCAACUUAUACACUCGGAAAAGAAAUUGAAAUUGAAUUAGAUUGUGAUAUAAUCGAUGUGAAGCAAAAUUAUUAAUAUUCCGUAAUUGACAUAUUCAUAUUAUUAGUGAAUGACUGUUCCAACUAUUCCUAGUGAUUUAGUUCCAUGUUAUUAAUUGUCGACGGAUUCGUACAGUGCAUUUGGACUGAGACUACAAAGUAAUGAUCGUAUGGUUUAAAUAUGUAUAUGAUUUACUGAAAAGGUCAGAUGAUAAUAUCUAGUGAUAAUAUUUAGUAGCAAAUUUAUAUUUGAAAUGAUUUGUCGAAUAAAUUUAUUGAUACACGAAUAAAGGAACAUCCAAUAUUAUCUUUAAAGUUUUAAACUCUAGAGGUAAAUCUACAGUAUGUUU